AUGAACCCGGUUAACGCGGCCGCCCUGUACGUGUCCGCCAGUCGGGCCGUGCUGCAGUGUGACCCGCGGCAACCUCACACUUUCUCGGACAUGUACACGCUGAUGCCUUUCUUUCGACAGUCGCUGGCUUGUCUCGUCUGUGGUGAGCUGGUACGCGAUCCUUGGUCGGCGCCUCACCCCGGCUGUCCGCACCAUGUCUGUCUCGGUUGCCGGGGCCAGAAGGUGGGACGGGCAGCAUGCGGCCGCUGCCGGGACGCAGCGGGUUUCCAGGAGGACAAGCAGUUGUCCCUGCUUGUGCAGCUCUACCGGAAGCUGUGCGUUUAUGUGGCACACUCAGGGCUUCUGCCGUGCGUCAGCGCCAACGCUGAGCUCAUGGCGCUACUGGAGGAGGUACUGGUGGCACCCGCGGAGGAUGCAGAGUCACCGGACGAUGGCGACUUGGAGCCAGACGCCUCCGCUGAGUCCCCGCUGACUACUAACGAGGAGCCGCACGUACCCGCCGAGCUCUACCAAGAGCCCGGAGAAUGCAACGGAGCGCUUCUGGAGGGCCUGGAGCCCUCCUCGCCUGAGCUGGAAGUCUGCGAGCUGAUGGAGGAGACGCCACCCCCGCCGGCGGGCCUCUCGGUUUCCGACACAGCCACGCUGGAGCUCAGUCUCACCACUGGACCCUUCACCACGGGAGCCUUCCCCACAGGAGCCUUCGCUCCCGCAUCGGGCGGGAGGGAGCUGGAGGAGGGCGAGGUACUCCUCCUUAGCGUAGAAGAGGUCCUACAGACUCUGGACCCCCUCCAACCGCCCGCCGACAACACCCAGGACCGACACGCCCACAUGUACUUGCAGCUGGACGCCGCCCACAACUACACGCAGCUACACACAGACAGGACUCACAUGAGCCCCGUGUUCCCCCCGCCCCCUCUUGCUCCCCUUCCCGCUCCCUCCUCGCCCUCACCGUCACGCCACAAACGCAAGCGCUCGCGAUCAGAGAGUGACCGCGAGCAGGUCAAGCCGCUCCCCAUUGCCUCUAUCCUCCAGGGCCCGACGUCACCACGCACGCAGCAUGCCGCCACGCCCUCAUUCGCCGCGCCGCCGCACACCUACUCGUCACUCUACAACGGGGUGCCGCCCAAGCCUGCCCGCCACCAUCAUCACCACCAUCACCACCACCACGGCAAGGGCUCCCGGAAGCACGUUGAGCUGGGCGCCAAGAAGAAGGCACGGUCGGGCAGCAAGAGCAAAGAACGCAGCAAAGAACAGCGGCUGCAGCUGUCUGGCUGCCUGGUGCCCCCUGUGCCGCCACGGCCUCCCUACAAGAAACCCGUGGAAAAGAAAGGCUGCAAGUGCGGCCGCGCCACACAGAACCCCUCGGUGCUAACCUGCAGGGGGCAGCGCUGUCCCUGUUACUCCAACCGCAAGGCGUGUCUGGACUGCAUCUGCCGCGGCUGCCAGAACUCUUACAUGGCCAACGGCGAGAAGAAACUGGAAGCCUUCGCCGUGCCCGAGAAAGCGCUUGAGCAGACGCGGCUUACGCUAGGCAUCAACUUGACCAGCAUCACUGCGGCCGCCGCCCUCCGCAGCCCAGCGGGCAGCGGCCUACGCACCGGCACCCUGCUCAACGUGGCCACGGCGACCGGCGCGCCCGUGGCCACUGCCUUCCUGUCGGCCAGCAGCCCGCCGAGGGACCCCGCCUACGAGGACAGCCUGGAGCUGCUCAUUGGCUGA